GGAUGAUCUCAUUCGCUUCAAAGGUUUUGGUUCAACUCCACCAAAAAUUCUCAUUUCAAUUACAUAACCUUUUUUCUUGUGCAACAAAUUUGGAACGAUGGCGGUCCCAUGUUGCUGUUUUCCAGGAUCAACCAUCGUCACAACGAAUCACGGAGUGCGACGACUUGACCAGCUCGUCUCAGGAGACAAAGUCUUAACUUCAAGUGACAAGAAGGGACAAGGAUUGAAAUGGACUAAAUUGUACACUUGGGCGCAUCGUGAAGCGGAUCGUGUAGCCGAAUUUGUCAUUCUGAAGAUGAGCAAUGGAAAAGAGGUUCAAAUCACAGCGGAUCAUUUGCUCUUUGUUGCUGGGAAAAAGGGACGCGUGGCCAAAAAGGCGGGUCAAGUAACGACAGCCGACAAGCUCUACCACAUGAAUACGUCUGGAAGUUUGGAGCUACUCGAUGUCGUCGAGAUUUCUUUGGAGGCUUUCACCGGUGUUUAUGCUCCCUUGACGAUGACUGGGCAUUUCAUUGCCAAUGGAUUUUUGGUUGCAUGUUAUUCAAAUAUUUCGGAUUUUGAAGUAGCGCACGUCUCCAUGGCACCACUUCGAACAUGGUACAAAUUAUUCGAGUCCGGACAAGAAGUUGAAAAGGAAGGGAUUCAUGGAUAUGCCAAGAACCUUAUGAAGGUCCGAGAUCUGCUUCCACAAUCCGUUCAAAUAUCUGUUAACUAAAAACUUUUUGCUGGAAAUAUUUCAAAUUUUAAUAUGGUCAAUUAAACUACUUUUUGGGUAAAACUUUUAUUGAUAAACAGAUUUAUUUUGCUAAUGUGCAUAUAUACUUAAAUAAAUAUGGGUAUGUACUAUA